UGAGGCACACCUUCUUCAUUUUCAGAUGCUGCUUCUCAAAUUCAUAUUCCUAUCAACACUUGCUGGGCUAGCCAGUGCAGUUUGCCCGGACAGUAAUGACCAUGAGGUCCAAGGAUUCUGUUUCAAAUUCGUGGCUCAACAGAUGACAUACACUGAUGCUCGGAAUUGGUGUCACUACAAGAAUCCAGUAGGCUCUUCCUAUCUGGCAUAUGUUCCUGAUCAAAAAACAAGCAACUACUUGGCAUUCUACGCUCGCACUGCAUUCGGCCCGGCUGCUCAACAUUUUUGGAUUGGCCUCAGUAAAAAUGGAUCUUCUGGCUCGUUGACUUGGGAUAACGGAAGUCCAGUUGGUUAUACCAACCUUGGGUCUCAAAAUGGAAACAACUUGUAUUUCACCGAGAGCCUCGCAAAUACAAAAUGGAAUACACUUGGAGAUGAUAAAAUUAAUUACUUUGUGUGUAGUUAUAAUCCAGCGACGACUCCUACCACCCCUUCAACUACUACAACAGCGGAUAAAAACUGUCAACCAGGUGGCCAGCAAACUGUUCUAUUUGCCUAUUCGAACGACCUGGACCCAAGUGUUGUUACGGAUACACUAAAACAGUCCAGCCUUGAGUAUCAACCCAUCUAUUUUGCAGUUUCGAGAUUUGAUUUACGUCAGCCAGAGGAUAUCGGAUAUUUCACCGAUUAUGACAAUGUUACUGAUUAUGUCGAUUCUCAUGCCCCAGAUUCUUCAUUAGGAUUUGGUGAUACAAAGACAGGAAGUAAUGUGUUGGAUGUUAUUGAUAAGUUCUACGACAACACCAAACUAACGCCGUGUGGAUCAAUUGUCAUGGUUUUGUUGAAACGCUACUCAAACUCAAAUGAUAUAUCGAACAUUGUCGCAAAAGUUCGAAAACACCAUGGAAGCGUCAAUUUCAUUGCUUCCAAUACACCAUCCGGCGGCACCAACUCCAGGGUGCUCUUCGAUCUUUCUUCGCGAACAAAUGGACUUUACGUUAUCGAUAGAGAUUCAUAUUUUAUGCAAUCCAUUGAUAUGAUGCCAUUAAUAGAAAGAUACCCUAUCUACGCUGCCAAUCCGGUAGUAACAGGUGCUGGGUUCAAAGAUCUCCCUUUAUUAGAGGUACCUUCCUUCAGAAAACACUUGAUUAUGGUAGCAGUUCAGGAUCGUAUCCCAGUUACCAACGUCCAUCAUGUAACUGUUCAAUGGGAAAAUUCAUUUUCUGAAUAUUCUGGUAAAUUGGAUAUGCACCCUGAAACAUGGAACAAUCCUUAUACCAAUGCGAAUGGUAAACGUGCUAAUCUUGAUGCUUCCGGUUUCGCUAUGACCGUUGAGUAUGUCUACAAUGAUAGUGGCGACCAUCCGAUGCAAAUUCGGUUUUACAGCCCAGAGGCCACUGACUUUUGGCUACCGUAUACGGAUUAAGUUCUUCAAUGGUGUUGGAAAAUAAUUUGAUAUAUCGUUUUCUAUUAUUCUAUAAUAAACAGCCAAAAA